GUUUUUCAUUUAAUGCCAAGGAAUGUGGGGGAAAAGCGCUAUUCUUUAGUUCGGGGAUUAGACACGUCACACGAGAAGAAGAGGAGAAACACAAUCCCCGUCCUUUUCAAAGGGCUCUUCCUUGUUCUCCACAGUUCCUCUUAUUCACCCCUCUAGAGAAUCUUUUCACGUCAGCGAGUCCUUCCCACAAGCUGGCCAGAGACACCAGAGCGGGUGGAAAAGUGAACAAGUUGCAUGGACGAACGGGAGCCGCAUUCACAAGCAUGCCUCCUGAAGGAUGGAGCUCCCGGGAUGUUCAGAAGAGGUCCCUGCUUUCCUAAGGUCUCGGCCAGAGAGCACCGGAACGCUGAGAGCACCAUAUGGUGUUCAGAACCCCCAGUAAUAGCUGCCAGCAAAAGAACGUUCUAAAUAUGCUUCGAUGCAAUUUGCAGUGGCAUCUCGUCUUGCUAAAUUUUCUGACCUGUGGCCUCGAGAUCUGUGUGGCAGCUGGAAUUACAUAUGUCCCUCCAUUACUGCUGGAAGCUGGAGUUGAGGAGCAGUAUAUGACCAUGGUCUUAGGAAUCGGACCCGUCUUGGGGCUCCUGUUCAUACCUCUGAUUGGCUCGGCCAGCGACCACUGCUCCAGCCGUUACGGCCGGAGGCGGCCCUUCAUCUGGCUGCUGUCGCUGGGAGUGCUGCUGGCCCUCUUCAUCAUCCCCCACGCCGAUGUCUUCGCGUCCUUCAUCGGCUGGGGCGGCCGGGCCCUGCAGGUGGCCUUCCUCAUCCUGGGCGUGGCUCUGCUGGACUUCUGCGGCCAGGUCUGCUUCACCCCCCUGGAAGCCCUGCUCUCGGACCUGUACCACGACGAGGAGACCUGCGGCCAGGCCUUCGCCAUGUUCUCCUUCAUGGUCAGCCUGGGCGGCUGCGUUGGGUAUCUGCUGCCAGCCCUGGACUGGAGUGAGAGCUACCUCUCUGUCUACCUCGGCGGCCAGGAGGAGUGCCUCUUCGCCCUGCUCACUGGCAUCUUUAUCGUAAGUGUCCUUGUCACCAUGAAGAUGUCGGAGGAGCCCGGCUACCCUCCCCAAUGCCCCGUGCUGGAAACGAAGCCCUUGGAGGGCGCCAGAUGUGUCCCCCGCUCCUGCUGCUACCUGCUCAAGUACAAGUUCAGGAUCUCAAAGUCAGGGCCUCUGAUGUGCCUGGUGCGGACAUGUUGGUCGAUGACCCCUGCCAUCUACCGCAGCUACUGCCACGUCCCGCGGGUCAUGAGACAGCUGUGUGUGGCUCAGCUGUGCAGCUGGAUGGCCGUCAUGUCUUUCAUGCUCUUCUACACAGACUUUGUGGGCGAAGGCCUUUAUCAGGGGGUGCCCAGCGCUGCCCCGGGCACAGCAUCAAGGCUGCGCUACGAUGAAGGCAUUCGGAUGGGGAGUCUUGGACUUUUCCUGCAAUGUGCUACCUCAACGUUUUUCUCACUGGUGAUGAGUAAGCUGGUUAAACUGUUUGGCUCCAGGAGGGUCUAUUUGACCAGCAUGGUGAGCUUCACCUUGUCUGCACUAGUAAUCUGCCUCUCGAAGAGCAUCGUACUGGUUACCAUGAUGUCUGCCCUCACAGGAUUCGCCUACGCCACUUUACAGACUUUACCUUACACGCUGACCUGCCACUACCACAAGGAAAAGGAAGUUUACAUGCCAAAAGCAAAAACCAAAAAUCUGCAGAAUAAUGGAAUCACAAUCACGCGGGAGUCUGUGUAUCUCGCGCCAGAAGAGGAAUGCACCAUGAACCACCCAGAGAACACGCACCACUGCUUCAGACCAGACAGUGCCAGCUACUACACUGCUUGUAAUGGUUCCGCCCCAAGUCCCAGCUUCUCCAGCGAGGCCACACUUGGCCAUGGCACAGGCCUUAGCAACGGGGAAGAAGGGAAACAGGAGGAUUAUGGGAAGCGUGGCGUGGGGCUGGACUUUGCAAUUUUGGACAGCACUUUCCUACUCUCUCAGGUCUUUCCCUCUCUCUUCAUGGGCAUGAUAGUCCAGUUUACUGAGUCAGUGACGGCGUACAUAGCCUCUUCCACCAUCUUCGGCUUUAUCUCAAUUUAUUUAACCAACCACAUCGUAUUUGACCAAAAGGAUCUGAAGUUCUGACAGGAGAAUGGAACCAGGUGAUCAGCACAGUAAAAUGCCAACUGAUGGGCCUGACUUUUUGGAAAGGUCAAGUGUUGUUGGAGCGCUUUGCUGUCUUUCUAUUUUUUUUAAAAUGGGAUGCAUCUCUUCCAGUUUGUCCGAUUUAUGUGAUGUCAGUGAAAUUUUGUUGCCCCUUAAGUUUACACCACCUUUUCUUGUAUUUGUGUGUAUGUGUGUGUGACCGUAGAUGUCUACCCAAGUUAGCGUUUGUAUCCAGUGUUCUUACUUAAAAUUAGAAUUUCUUCCCAUCUUGUUUCGUUAAGCUUGGUUUCACAUUAUCAAAUAUUAGAAGUCCGUGGAAUUCAGAAGGCAUUAUCCUGGUUACAAGCAUUCAAACCUGCAGUAUUUGGGUAGCGAUUGUUUCUUGGUGACUGCAAUCAUUUGGGUGAAUGUGCAUGUGCUAAUACAAUCUGAAAUAAUAAGCCAACCAAUACUGUUGUAGUACCUAGUCAAUAAUUCUAGAAUGAAGAAAGUUGUUUUUUAUAUUUUUGUAGGAAAUUUGAUCUAAAGUUUGUUAGAACAGUUCUCUCUAUUUUUAUAUGGAAAUGCAUAUAUUUCUAUCCAUAUGGGAGGGUUUCACACAACCUUUUGGAGCAAGCUAGUGACUGUACUGUAUUAGUGCCAUUGCUAGCAUGAGGUUGGUGUGGAGAAAAAAGAAAAAAAACACAGCUUGUGUGUAACUUAUUUUAGAUAGAAAUAUGGCCUGGUAGACAUACUUUCUAAGGAUUAUUUUUUGCAUCUUCUAUUGAAAGCAAAUGUAAUUGUGGUUACAUUAAUCUGUAGUAUAAUCAUCAUACAUUUUGUGGUGUUAAAGUGUAAAAAUGUACAAUUUUUACAUGCAUGAUCAUUCAUUUUAACUAGAGUGUGAAAUAUUUAAAGUCCACGGUAUAAAAUAUUUUUUAGAGAAAGUAUACCAUCAUUUGUUUUAGUAAAUGUCUACAGGAUGGUCAUUUUUACACAGAUAUCACGGUUUAGUGCUGUGUGUGAUUUCUUUAAGGACUUCCCUGAGUAAAAGCAGGGGUGACAAUCUGAACUGUUCUGUAAACAUCUUCAGAAGGUCAUGCUCAGGCUAGCUCAGAAAGUAUAUGUAUGAGACAGACUAAUAGUUCUGGAAACUCAAAAAGCAAAGAAUCCAAGGCAGUAGAGAUUGUUUUCGGUACUGUUUCACAAAGCAAACAAAACAAAAACAUUUCUUAAUAUAAUCUUAAAUACAAGUAUGCAAACAUAUUGCUCAAAAUUGUCAGAAUUUCUUUACUUGUACUUGAAACCCCACCUACUGACCCAGGCCAACACAUACAGUUUCUGAAAACUGCAUUCAGUGGGUUUGGAUGCCAAUAAAUGCUGCACCAAGCUGAAAAGUGGACUUCCUAAAAAUAUUUUAGUUUGCUAUAAAAAUAUCUAUCUUUUAAAACCUGUUGUACUGAGAAUGUUACAAAUCAGACAGUCCCAGUUGAGAGAGAAGGUGCAUUCUUAUGCCCUUAAUGCUCUUAACUGUGUCAGUUGUGUGUUAAAUUGGCCUCUAAAUUCUUUUUAAUUCAGUCUGUUUAGCAUUUAUUCUGGUCCAUCCAAUGAAACACAAAGCAAUGGUUUUUCUAUGCUGCUCCAGCCUUCCAGACUUGAUUAGUUACAGUGUCUUUGCAGGAACCCUGGAGGAUGUAGGAAAUAGGAAUCUGUUAAUUUCUUGCAGAGGCACCCAAGCUGUCAGUGUUUGUUUUUAAGGACAUCAUUUCUGAUCUCAUACAGCACAAAAUGACUAAUUUAGUAUGUUUUCUCUCUUCCCUUGACGUUUGUACAGUAUUUUUCUGUAUGAAUACAGACUAAAAGUGGUGUUUGAAGAACUGUUUCUAUAUACAAAACCAUUUGAAAACCUAUGCACUUGGCCAAAUAAUGUAAAAACACUGUUUGACAACACUUGACCUUCAAAUAUAUGUAUGUACAUAGUCUAUGUCUUUUUAAGCCUUACGUCUUGCAGGUCUUUCAUCUCGGCUCCUAAAUCUUUCAGUACUUCAUUUUGUUAUUAACAAUUAAUCAUUCUAAUAAUUAACUAUUUCCAGAUGAUAUUUAUAAUACUACCACAGUACACAUUUAAUCUCAGAGACUGCGAUUUCCCAUAUGUAUUAAAAUGCACUUGUGUUAAAAAAAUAUGAAACCUCUAGAACUGAAAGAGGGUAGUAAAGUUCAACAUGUUAAAAAGUGCCUGAACAUAUUUCAACAUAUUUUUGUAAAUAUUUAUUUAUUAUCAUGAUUAUAAGCACAUAUUACAAACUAUUUUGCCUACUUAUUUUUUUUACAUCUGUAAGGGUGUAAGGGCAACAAGGGCUUGUUUCUGUGAAAAGAGGUUGUUAUUACUGUUUUUUUGUCUUUAGUCAUGGUACAGAAGGCAGCUUUUUCAAUGCUAUAAUUUAUUUUAAAAUUCAUACACCCUAUAUUCAUGCUGUCUGCCCAUGAUUUCAAGGUACUUUCCUGAACGAGCUAGCAAUGUCCGCUGCUACAAUUUAUUCUGAGAGAUCUCAGGAAGAAACAACCAGAAAACAGUAGGACCAAUUUUUUUUACUGACAAAAUACAUUGAAAAUUGUUGUUUGUCCUUGACUGGAAUGGUAUAAAUAAAAAAUAAAGUGUUUGUAAUGGAUAAAUACUAUGUGUAAUACGGUGCUAACCAACCUAAAAAUGAAAACUGAAUCUUUUCAUUUUAAGCCUUUAAAAAAAAACCUAAAUUAAAAUUUAUUAUCCAGUAUACAGGUUCAAUGAUGUAGCGCUGCUAACUUGUGGACUGAAAAUGAUCAUGAAUAGGGAAGAUAAAUCUGAAUUCAAGUUUUCAGAAACCAUACAUUUAGUUACAUUUAUGAAUGUGGUAUGUUUCGAUUAAUUUCUGUGUAAAUCCCUUCUUAAUGAUUAUAUAUAUAUAUAUUACAUUUUUGGUCACCUGCCCAAGGAUAUUUUUUUCCCCAAAACUUAAAUCAGGAAAAAAGUUCAUUUUAAUUUUGUGGUACCCUUUGUUUAUGCUUCUUUGAUAAUUCACAUUGUUUAGGAAAAUCGUUUAAAAGACAUCCAGUUUGAUUUUGUUAAAACAAAAGCCUAGCUCCUUGCUGGGAUCUGAAACUAAACUCUUCAGAGUCACUUUCUGGUUGUCAGGCAGCUAAUCUGCUUGCCUGCUUUCUAAAAAAAAAAAGUCCAGUUUCUUAAAACACAAAUUCAAAAGCCAAAACAGGCUUUACCACUAUUUCUCUCUCUCCUUGCUUAAGGCCUUUCCCUUUUGUUUCCGUCUUGGAUCUGGGACAAUUACACUGGUGACACUUCCCUUCAAACCCAAGGAAAGUUUUCUCCUUAAUGUUCACUCAGUACCUAUGGGCCUCCAGGCUUGGCCAUUGAGGGGAAUUUAUGUGGCAGUCUGUUCCCAUCUGUUAGGUGUUUCUGCCACUUAUAGUGUCUUCAAAAGUACUGACAAAGACAACCCACUGGGCUUUCUCAGGAUCAAGAGUGAAACACUGACCAAAGGAAACGGGUAGAAACUAAGAGAGAGCAUUUAAAGGGGAACUGCAACACUAUUUUUAUAUUUUGGGGUUAGAAAGAAUCACCAUUGAUGAGUGCCUUUCAAACCACAGUAAAAGUAAUGUAUACAGUAACGUAAACAGUCAGAUGAUGUGUGCGGCCUUAUGACAUUGCAAACAGGCAUGCUUGUGAAUGCAGCUCUUUUAAUCCCAUAGAAAUAUUGCUUUCAAUUUUGAUACACUUUAGCCAAUAAAUACUACCUGCUUGUUAACGUUGCAUGCAAAUCAUGUUGAAACGUUUCUGUGGUGAAAUGUCUGCUGUCUUUUAUUUGCUCGUACAUUGCAUUAAUCAUUACAGUGACUAGUGAGCAAGAAGGGCUGAUUCACGUCGUCAUUUGUGGGAAGUCAACUGCCAGUUUGCCCAACAUGGAGACUUGCAGUACUUUCACAAAGUUAACGAUUUUAUGCCUAAUUCUCAAUUUAUAAAUUUUUUCUAUAACGUAUAUGAAUUAAUUUUGUUACCAAGAUUUAAUAAGGAAUUGGGACUGCAGUUCCCCUUUAAGAGCCAGAAAAGGCAUUUUUGAACACAAAGGGUUGUGAGAAUGUAGAACAAGCUAAUUUCUUCAGUAAAGGGUUCAAUGAGGUUCUCUUAUUGUAUGAACCAUUCUUAUGUUUUCACACACAUUUGAUCCUUAGCCUUAGUUUGUUGCUUACUGCCUCACUAGUAAGUAUGGGAUUUUAGUAAGGUGAAUAAGAGGACUGAGGAAAUGAAACGAUUCAAAGACUCUAAAGUUUGUAAUGGUUGUUUUUCUCACUUAUUUCCAAAGUUUCUGUACUAUUUGAUUAUCCUUUUUGAGCUCAAACAGUACAUCAUUUUCCUUUUGGCCAUCUCCUUACCACAUUUCACUUCUAGUUCCCAUAUUGAAGAUCAGUGGUCCCUGCUCUUCUUCAUAGUUUAUCUGAACAGAAAAACAACACUUCUGUGAAAGACUUCAUAGCCUAUGAUUAAUUCAGGAGGUAUUUUAUCAUUCUAAAAUGACUGGCUAAACUUCUGGAACUAUUGGAAGUUUUAAGAGUAAUUUUAAAAUGACUUUCUUGAAAAUUAUGAGACUCAUUUUAGGAUUUAGUUAAUUUGAAUAACACAAAGAUGGGCAGAAAGUACUUAGAAAUGUAAUUUUGUUGAAGAACACAGUACCUUUUGAAUAUACAAUUUUAGAUUAGGGUAUGUUACAAUGAUUCUGAUCCUGUGUCUUUAUAUUCUUUAACCACUUUAUCUGGAUAAUUUAUAGUACAAAUUAAUUUUUAAAAAUUGGCUAAAAGGCUACUUUUUUUAAACACUUUUAAAUUUAUUUUCAAGGAUGUCGCUUAACCCUGCUUGUGUGUAACUUUUUUCUUAUUCUAAUUUACCGGCAGCAACUUUUUUCUCUUUUGCUCAAAGGUCCACAUCAAAGUAUUGUGGGUGGUAUGCCAACAGCCAGUGAUGUUCAAAAUAGUUUAUUUGAUUAUUUUUAAUUAGUUACUUAAACUUCUGUGUUAUGUGCCAGGCUGAUCGAAUCAGGGAACUUUAUAAGAAGGGCCUACUCAUUAUAAAAGACCUUUAAGUUAUCAAAUAAGGUUGUUUUUUGCAACAUGGUAUUUCAAAUGUGUUAGCAUAACACCUACUGUCUUUCGUAUUUGCAGGGUCUGUAAGUUGCAGUAUUGUCUUGAAAAUAUUGUGGGCCUAUAUUUUAUAGCACAAGUAAUGUUAUGCACAACAGCCUGUGUCAUUUUGUUCUGGGUUGUCCGUACAACAAUGCUUUCACCACAAAUCAUUUAAGUGGCAAUAAAUCUAUUGAAAUA